UUUGGCCAGGAUUUUCUCUGUAUGUGAGCAUGAGGGUGUCUGCAUGUGUAUAUUCUUUGUGUGAGUCUAUGUGGUUCUGUGUGUGUCUGGGAAGUGUUGAAUAUGUGACUUUCUGAGUGCAUAUAAGUGGGUAGGUUGUGUGUGUUUAUGUGUGUUUGUGGGGCGGGUGUUUGUGUGUGUGUGUGGUUGUGGCGUGUGUGUGUGUGUGGUUGUGUGUGUGUGGUGGGAAGGGGAGCUCCCUUUGGUUCAGAGUAUAGGGAAUUUUCCCCACCCCUUCAGACAUUCUUCUCCCCGCAGACCCCUGCCUGGAGCAGCCUCGCGGGACCUGAGCACCAAGAGAUGAGCUUCCUAGAGCAAGGAGAUAGCACUUCAUGGCCGUCACCAGCCAUGAGCACCAGCUCAGAAAGAAGCCAUGGGGCACAGGGGACCAAGACCUCGAGAUGGACAAGGCAGGAGGAUGUAGAGGAAGGGGAGCCGCCAGGCCUCGGGGAAGGUCUCCAGUCCAGGCCAGCUGCUGAGUCCACCGGGCUGGAGGCCACAUUCCCCAAGGCCACACCCUGGACCCAAGCUGCUCCCUUGGCUGCGGUGGGCUCCCCCAGAGAAGAGCAGGACAUCCUCCCCGCCGACUGUGCAGCCUCAGCCUCCGGCUCCAGCACAGACGAUCUGGAUCUGGGCAUAGAGUUCUCAGCCACAGCAGCCUGGGGCGAUGACCUCGGCCUGGUGGAAGAGAGGCCGGCCCCAUGCCCGUCCCCGCAGGCACCGUUACCCAGGCUGGGCUGGGACGAUGAGCUGCGGAAGCCAGGGGCCCAGGUCUACAUGCACUUCAUGCAGGAGCACACCUGCUACGAUGCCAUGGCAACCAGCUCCAAGCUGGUCAUCUUCGACACCAUGCUGCAGAUCAAGAAGGCCUUCUUCGCCCUGGUGGCCAAUGGCGUCCGGGCGGCACCUCUGUGGGACAGCAAGAAGCAGAGCUUUGUGGGGAUGCUGACCAUCACAGACUUCAUCUUGGUGCUGCACCACUAUUACAGGUCCCCCCUGGUCCAGAUCUAUGAGAUUGAAGAACAUAAGAUUGAGACCUGGAGGGAGAUCUACCUUCAAGGCUGCUUCAAGCCUCUGGUCUCCAUCUCUCCCAGUGACAGCCUGUUCGAAGCCGUCUAUACCCUCAUCAAGAACCGGAUCCACCGCCUGCCGGUCGUGGACCCAGUCUCAGGCGCUGUGCUCCACAUCCUCACACACAAGCGGCUGCUCAAGUUCCUGCACAUCUUUGGCACCCUGCUGCCCGGGCCCUCCUUCCUCUCCUGCACCAUCCAAGAUGUGGGCAUUGGCACGUUCCGAGACUUGGCCGUGGUGCUAGAAACGGCACCCAUCCUGACCGCACUGGACAUCUUUGUGGACCGGCGCGUGUCUGCACUGCCUGUGGUCAAUGAAGCUGGACAGGUCGUGGGCCUCUACUCCCGCUUUGAUGUGAUUCACCUGGCAGCCCAACAAACAUACAACCACCUGGAUGUGAGUGUAGGAGAAGCACUGAGGCAGAGGACACGGUGUCUGGAGGAAGUCAUUUGCUGCCAGCCCCACGAGACCUUGGGGGAAGUCAUCAACCGGAUUGUCCAGGAGCAGGUGCACCGGCUGGUGCUCGUGGAUGAGACCCAGCACCUCCUGGGUGUGGUGUCCCUCUCCGACAUCCUCCAGGCUCUGGUGCUGAGUCCUUCUGGCAUCGACGCCCUCGGGGCAUGAGAACAUCAGAGUCUUCACCCUUAGGCCACCUUCCACACCCGGAAGCCAGCAAAGGGAGCCGAGGACUCGGCCUUCACCUCCCCCCACCCCCCAUUUGCUGGUUCAGCUCCUGUUCAGGCUUCUGCAGCCCUCCCCAAUUGCCCUGUCCUGCCUGUGCUCCCAGAAGCCCUCAGGAAUGC